GCCACAUCAUCCCUCAACUCAACUGCCUCGCGUCCUUGGGUCUCUCGACUCAACCUCGACAACACCACCCAGCCCAGGUCAGCACAAAGCAGAUUCCACAAGGCGCGCCACACAUUCGCCCGUUGCCCCGGUAACAUCAGUCAGGCUUCUCUCAGGGACCACAGAGCCGUCUCUUAACCAAUUGCGACCGCCGAUUCCGCCACGCCGUGCAUGCGUGUCUCGCCACGCCGUGCGCAAUGAAGGUCGCCCGCCCACCAUCGCGUGGCAGCGCGCACCCAUCGCCCAGCAGCGCCAUGCACUCGGCCAUCGAUUGCUCCUCGCCAGAUCGUGAAUCGCAGUCCUGCAGCCACUCAUCUCCAGCUCUCGCCGGAUCAUCGCCCGCUGCCGCUUCUGCACGCACCGCUCAGCAUCGCACCAGCAUGACGUCCUCCCUGGCCAUGUCGCCCGCCUCGGAACCGCGUGCCUCAGAGUCGCCAGUGGACUCCCCCGCCGCUCACCGCGCAGCCACGCCCGCCGCGGCGUCGUGUGCCGACUCGUUCCGACGCCCGCAUCACUUCCUUAAGCGCUCCGACCGCUGCACGUCGCCGUGCUCGCCGUCCCCGCCGUCCGCGAAGCGCGCGUGCAAGCGGCGGCUGUUCGGCGAGUCCGUGGAGGCGGCUGCGCGCGACGAGGGCGCGCGCUCGGCUUCCAUGGCGCGCGACGACCCGGAGACGGUGGCGGGUGUGGUUCGCGAGGAGUACUGGCGGCACCUCACGCUCCUGCGCCCUCUGCCGUCGCCCUUGCUCCUGGGCCUCUCGUGCAUGGACGCCGCACGCCGCGACGACUCGUCUAGCCCGCGCGAGGGCGCGUGGUCGCCGUGUUCGUCCGCGGUGGACAGCGAGUGCGCGCAAGUCCCCACGCCAGGCCCGCACGAGGGCGCGCUCAGCAGCCCCUGGGAUGCAGGCGCCACCACCCCUCCCACCUCGCCGCGCCCCCAAGGGCCCCCCGUCUGCCCAGGCGCGCCCAUGAAAGCCCCUCCUCUCGCCCUCAUACGCCAGAUGCCUUCCGCUGCCCUGCACCGUAUCAUGCGCCCUCUCUUCCUCUGACUCUGCCCCGCAGUAACCGCCACACGUGCCUGCACUCCUGCACAUGGGUGAUGGAGUUGUCAAAUUGCCUGUUGACAGCUGUAGAAGCAUGCCGGUGCAGGAUGCCAUGAUAAGAGGCGCUGCUCCUAGGCCGUGGACACGAGGAGUGUCCUAGAUCUGCCUGUGACUUGACUAACGCCACUGCAGCUGCAGUGGUUGUGGGUGACUGUUUCAAGCCACGUAAAACCCCAUAGAGACUAGGGAUAGCAAACUGGGAUCUUUGCAGCGUGGCUUACUUUAGUAGGUAAUAGUAGCGUGUUGUACAUAUUAUUGGCUUUUAGUACAACCUAACAGGGU